GCUGAUCCGUAAUGCUUGAUUUAUAUUUUGAAUGAAAAUAUUAAAACAUGAUUAAAAUCUGUGUGUGAUUCACUGUUGUCUGUUGCUUUGAAACAUUCCAUACUCAUAGAAUCAAUUCAAUUUUAAAUGACAUUGCAUAAACGGGAAUUACCUUUAUGUCACAUGAAACUUUCGUCACAGUGACAUGACAAGGUGAACAUGUAAUUAUAUGAGAAUGUUGUAAAGGUAUGUUUGAAGUAUCAGUAGAUGUUAUUUGUUAUAGUUUAAAUUUAACAUGAUUAUUUUUGUAUGUUUACUUUCAAGUUUGUAUACACUUCGGCUGUAGCAGUUAACCCACAUAUACGAUGAACAAAAAAAAGGCAAACAAUUCCCGAAGUGGCUAUUCGUACCAAAGUACCAGAAGUGAGAGGUUGGGAUUAAAAAGAUAUUUAAAAUUUUAUUGUUGCACUGAUUCAAAAUGGACCCAGACUCACAGCGCCGCCAUUCGCACCCGGGUACCAUUAGUCUCAAGCUAUUCGGAUGUAAUUUGUGGUAGUUUAUUUUGGUUAAACUGAAGAAUUAAUUUUACACUCAUAUAGUUCAUUCAAUUAUCUUUCAUUUGACAUCUCAUUUUGUCUUACAAACUCAAAAAUAAAAUUUUUAAAAGUUUUUUUAAAUCCCAGCCUCUCACUUCUGGUACCCGGGUAGGAAUAGUCGCAGCCAAAAUAUUCAUCCUGUCAAUGUAUUAUUUAGUCAUUCACACGGCAAUACAUGUUAUUAUAGAAAUUACAAUUGAUACAGCGAAUUAGUUACUUUAUUACACGCCUUUAUUGAUUCAAAAUGACUUGAACCGGUUCUUUGUUUUGUAGUAAUUAUGAGAAAUACAAUUGAUUAGUAUACUUAGUACCAAAUGGUACAGUCAGUGGGUGGACAUCAGGCCAGCCAGAGGUGGAUUCGCUAACAUGCUGUCUCUAGCAGACAAGUUCCUUUGUUGGGGCUAGGUAAAAGGUCCGAGAGUCUAGUGACAACGAUGCGCACAGGGCACUGUCCCAUAGGCACAUAUUUUAACACAUUAAGACACCAGGAACCCACUAUGCAUGCAUUGCAGCAGGGUCUCAGUAACACAAGCGCAUCUGUUGAACGAAUGUCCCCUCACUAGAUGUUUCAGUGGAGGCCAGGACGGCCGGAUGGUCCUACGUGUGGAACAUUUUAUAUGCUCAGCUCAACAGAUGAAGCUGGUAGAAAGUGUACUAGCCUGGGUCAUAGGAGAGUAAUCUCAAAUCUUCACCAGAAUAUACACGUUAGUUUGUACUUGACAAUUUAGUGAUGGGUAGAUUAUUUAUACACUAGUUAAAUAUAGAGAAGUAAGUUUGAUCUAUUAGUAUACCAAUGUCAUUGCAUUAAAUAUUGUUACAUUAAAACAAAAUACAAAAAAAAAUAUGUAAUAAUAAAUAUAACUUUAACUUUAAAUACUCUAAAGAGUAUUGAAAAAAAGAUAAUAAAAAAUGUAUAUAAGAAAAAUUGUCUAACUGUGGUAUGAAUAAAGAACUUGACGUAAAAUAAUUGCAAUAUUAACUAGUUAAAGAUUUUCCUUGUUUGUUCGUCCGCCGAAUCGACAAUAAAUAUUAUAAUCAUCGUAUUGAUGAUGUGCACAUAUGGCUGAUAAGGCCCAUACUGUCACGGAAUUUUCAUAAGCAGAAAGGUGUAAGUGAUGUUUUCCAGAGAAUUUUCAAGAUUCACUGAUAACUCAGGAUUGAUUUUGUGCUCUGCGACAACUGUUCUGUUGGCUUUGCAUUGCAGGGAGACACGAUCAUAUCCCGACUUUUCCCAAGUGCCUUUGUUUCCGUUAAAUUCUUUCAAUGAGGAUAUCAGGGUGUCUUUCAAAUAUUUCUUCUGUCACACCCAAAACUGUAUGCCACGUUCGAGUUCCACAUGGACAACACAGAUCACUUGCAGAUAAUGAUAACUAUGUUCAGCUGAUCGGGUCAAUGUUAAAUGUGUAUUGAAAAUAGCAUCAUAUGCAUAGGAUAUUAAUUUAAAAGGAAAUGUUUCUUUUUAAAAAAAGUUAGCACACCAACCUUUAUGACAAAUUUAAACUUGUUUCUUUUUUAUAUUUCUAUACAGAUAAUUUUAGCUUACAAAAAACAAAAAAGCUAAUUGAUUUAAACAAUCAAGAAUGGAUUCUGAAGUAGCUUUUGAGUACGAUCCUUCGGAACUUAAUUUCACUACGACACUAUUCGGAGGUACCAAAUUGUAACAUUAAAAAAUAAAAUAAAAUAAGAGGAAAAUGUAAGAAAAAAAUAAAAAUAAUAAAAUAAUAAAUGUUAUUAAAGUUAAAAAAGGACAUUUUAAUUUAAGAAAAUGGAAUUACUAUCUUAAAUUGUGCAAUUUAAAAAUAAAGAUUAUGAAUACAUUUGGCAUUUUCUAUUCUAUUAAUAAAGUACAAUUUCAUGAAUAGUAAAAAAAAUUCCAUCUCAUAAGAUAAUCAAAAGUAUAUAAUAUAUAUAUAUAUUUAUUUAUAAUUAUAUAUAUUUAUUCUUUAUGUUUAAUAAAUAAAUAAACAUUCACAAAAUAAGCAAUGCUUUUGUGUUGUUUUUUUUUGUUGUUGUUUUUGAAGAUUAACAUUGUUUAAAACUACCUUUCAAAAACUCUUUAUUUUAAAGAUGGUGUGACGGAACCAACCAACUGGACAAAGGGGACGUUUAUUGGUGGCGGCGGAUUCGCUAGAGUCUAUUGUAUGACUGUAAACGACAGGGACACGACUGUUCCAUUAGCAGUGAAGCAGUUGACUGCGUCACAUGAUGGAGAUGAUAAACAUUUGGUUAAUUCAAAGUUACAAUAGAAUAAUAAUUAAAUUUAUAAACUGAUUUAAAAAAAAAAAAUUCCUUCAAAGUAAUGAACACUUUUUGAGAUUUAAAUUUAUUUUUUCUGAAGGUACUUAAUUCAAGGAAUGUGUGCUCAAUUAUUUAGAUUAGAUUUUUUUUUAUAAUUUACACAUUGGAAAAUUAAAUAUAGAUACAUAUAUAUAUAUAUAUAUAUAUAUAUAUUUCUGUCUAAGGUGUCAUAUGAAAAAGAAAUAUCAAUCCUUGCAAAGCUAAACCAUGAGAGAAUCGUCCCAUUUUAUGGAUAUUGUAAAAAAGACAACCUUCUAUUUUUAUUCAUGGAGCUUAUGCCGAUGGUAGGUUUUCAUUGUUUUCUUAAAUUAUCUAUUUAUAUAUGUACGUAUUGAUUCAUCAAUGAAAACAUUCAUUCAUUAUAUCAUCAAUCUGUUAUUAUAUCUAGUUAGGUAUCUAGUAAAUGUGUGUGUAUAGAUAUUUGGUGUCUUGAAAGUUUUCUCACUUUUGAGAUAAAGGUUCUUUUGGGUCCGAGAACUAUUCGAAUGGUUAGUUUUUAUUCUUCCCGUUAUCUUUUUUUUUUAAAGCUGUGCGCUUAUUCUCUGGGGAUGUGUCCCGUCAGUGAUUCUGACGCGCCAUCUUUCACGAUCGAUGGAAGGUGUCUCAAACGAAGACACAAUUUCGUGGAAUUAAGUUAAGCUUUUUGAGAAUCCUCGAGGCGUUUUUUUCUUUCAAUCAGAGGAAUGUUUCCUACUGGCGAGUUCACCGAAAGUUAUUCGUUUGAAAAGUCAUCCGUCUAGCAUUCCUUCAACAUGCCAUGCGAACCCUGGUGUUCCCUUUUUUGUAUGAAUGUGUGAUGCUGAAAAAUACAGCCCAUUAUAUGACUACAGCAUCAGGGAUUAAGUCCUUUUACCCAAAGCCUAAUAGUUUACAUUGGCAGCUUAGGUAGAGAGGAUUUAGUUGUCUGUUUGUCUUAUAAUUUCCACAUCUCACUAGCAUAUAACAGAGAUUUUAAUUUUAUUGGCCCAUAUACCUUCAGCUUAGUGACAAACUUAUAGUACUUUUCUCCCAAACACAGUUGCGGAGCCUUCAAAAGGCAAAAAAUGUUUUGGAAAUUAGGUUAUUGAUUUCAUCAUCUGUUGUUAUUUACAAGAAGUGUGUGAUGUCAAACUAUGUGAACUUCUCCACAAGCUGGAGAUUAUGUUCUAUCACUUAUAUUUUAGGUUCAUUGAAAGCUUUUCCAAGAGGUCGGUGGUCAAAGUUCUCAGGGUUCUUUUCGUAUUGACUGCUAGCAUUAGGGAGCAAACACAAAGUUUUAAAUAACCUUUUCUUUAAUUUUUCUAAUAGAUUGCCGUCUCCUAAUAUUAGAUGGCCCUCCGUUGGUCUGGUAUCUUAUAGGAAUGCCGUCAUUAUUGUCAACAAACUCAUCAUGUACCAUUGCUCAGAAUACCAUGCUAAAAGUAUUGCUGCUAGAAUUCCGCUUUUUUUUGUUCAUGUCACUAGUUACAGAAAAAGGCACAGUUAUCUCAAAAAUCAAUCUCCAAUGCCGUUACGUCUGCAUCAUUACCUUCCAAAGGCAAUAUCUACUGACUGAGUCAAAUGCUUUUUCUAGAUAAAAAAAAAAUGUGAUAUACAACAGUCUGGAUCUUUUUCCUGCAGCUUGCGUGUUGCAAAUAUCAUGUCAACUGCGCCCCGCACUGAACGGUAUCCACAUUGACUUUCAGAAAGUAGUCCCUUGUUCAUGUUGUAGUUUUAAUCGAUAAAGUAUGACUCCGGGCAAGAUCUUCCUACUUAUGGAAAGGAGAGUAAUGUCUCGAUAGUUGUCACGGGGUUUGAGACUACCUUAUAUAUGCAUUUUAUAUGUAUAUCUUUGAAGUUCUGAGGAACAGUAACACUGUCAAUCUUUUUGAUAGGACAGGACACUUGUUUUGUGGACUUUAACACGUAUUGCAUCAAGUCCAUUGAAUUUAUUUCGGAUGAUUGCUGUAUUGUCCAACGACUUCAUCUACAUUGGGGCUAUUAUCUAGCUAUUGGUUUAUACCCAACUGUGGUAAACGAGUUAUGUCAUUCUUACUUGUAGGGCCAAUCUUUCUAAAAUCUCACUCUAGUCUUUAAGCGGAUGAGUUUAUCUUUGUUAACGGAAGCAAGCAGUCUGACGUCUGUGGUCCAUUGGCUUCUUUUAUAGAAUCGUAGAAAAGUUUAGUGUCAUGUCAAUCGACAUAGCCCUGACAUUGUGAUAAGAAGUCAGCACCUAAUCUUUAUCUUUUAGUAUUGACUGUAUUUACAAACAUUUUCAUUAAACAACUCACUCUUUCCGCGUUUUGAUGGUCCAAUUUAUUCUUGGGCAAUGAGGUAGAUAGUAUCUGUCUAUAUAAACCUUUUGAAUAUAAUUUUUCUUUUUUCCUGAGUGAAUAUUGACCAGUCUUCAUUCAAUUACAAUAAAAGUGUUUCACAAAAACAUUUUUUAAAUUUCGGGCCUUGAUGUCGUCUCAUGUGUGUGGCCUGAAACUUAAAUUUGGAUAUUAUUAGUCGAUGUUCAGUAACGCAUUUAGCUCCACACAUUGCUUUGGUUACUCUAACAACUUUUAUAUAAGGCACCAAUGUUAAGUGUUAUUUGUUUUUUUGUUUUCUUAUUUUGUUUUCUUAUUUUUGAGGGGCCCACGAUCAAUUAGUUGAUCAUUCUGGCUCCUGGUUUAAAUUCAGAGUUUGCCUUCUCUUAGAUGUGUUGCCGUCCAAGGCUAACGGGUCCCAUCCACCCGGGUGCUUGGGAUGUUAUCUUUGGUGGGGAUUGAACUCCAGACAACCAGCUGUUUGGUUUGAGAGAGUUUAGACCGCUCGGCCACCCAGCACCCGUAUAUCGUAUAGCUACUGCGACCACUUCGAUGAAGUUUCUUUCUGAAAAAUUGUGCUGUGUCUGAAGCACUUCUCUUAUUUUCCUCCUCAAUUCUAGUAAUACAAAAUAAUGUCACGUAGUAGCAUCUACAAAAUAGUCUCAAAAUACAAGGCCCAAAUAUCCUCUCAAACCUUAUCCGCUACCAAAAUUGAAGUCCAGGAUGCAUCUGAAAUGCAAUCAUACAACUUUGUAGGCAUUGUGAUGCCCGAGGUGGUUAUAAUGCCUAAAGAGCUUGUACAGGGAGAAUCCAUAUUACUAAUUACAUUGAUGUCUCCUCGCUUUAGCCUUUUACACCUCGAUAUGUUCAUACCCUUCACCAUGUUGCUCUCCAGAUAUGUACUGGAAUUGAAAUGUUUUUGCUUUGCAAUUUGCCCCUGACAAACCUAAAAAGGAAUUAGCCGUUAUUUAAUUUCUUCAAAGAAUUAAGACUGAUAAUCUCUGUCUUUAUGACUCUCAUACUCAAACAACAACUUUUUUUUUUUAAAUUACUCAUAAAAAAGAGGAAAAAAUCGCGGAGCAAUGCAUGUUGACAUAACUAAGAUAAAACCAUAGGUGUUACGCACUGGCUUCUAUUGUGAGAAAUUAAUAUCCUAUUUUAAUUUUAUGGCACGUUCACACCGUGCACAACAAAGGACGAUACCAUUGAAAAAAAAAACAAUAAUAAAGUUACGACACGCAAAAACAGUUGCCAAUUACACAUAAUUGAGAUUUAAUUUAGUAAUACUACAAUUCCAAAACAAAAGAAAUAUAAUUACAAAUCAUCAACUUACAGAGUAUGGGAAAAUCUCGUACCGGUACACAAUUAGUACAAUUUUCCAAUUAAUAGUGAUGAAUGAUAAAUGUAAAUGAGUACACAAAGAAUAAUACACGUCUCGUCAAAUUAAAGUAUCUAUCAAUCUCCGUCUGAAUCUCCAUCCCUUUCAAUCCCAUAUAUAUGUGGGUCUACCCAAGCGUCUAGAAACGCCCUUACUUUUGUAAUGCAAUCGAGGACGUUCCACAAGAUACUAGGAGACAUCCUAACUAUGUUUAAUUUGUAGUCGGUAAUAAACAUGAUACAUCAAAGAGAUUAAACCACGCCCACGACAAACGUUAGCGUCUGCUAGGAAUCUAAUUUGGGGUUCAAACAAAGUUCACGGAACGGGAAUAGUGUUCUUCAUAACAAUAGGAUUUAUGUCAAGUUAUACAUUUAAAGCAACCCUUAAGGGUGAAAAGAGCUGCAGUUAAAAUUUGAAACAAAUACACCCCGUAAAAGUCUACAAAUCUUCGGUUUCAUGAACGCAAAAGACAUCCUGAAGUAAAUCAGGAAUCUACUAUAAAGUACAUAAAAAAAGUCUAAUGAUUGCCUUGAAAACAAAGGCUUUAUCAUGAUUUAAAUAUUACUGUUUUACAUACAUUAUAUUUGGAAUUCCUUUAUACACCAUGCAAAGCACAGGUAUACAGCUAGUCACCACUUGUAUUUACAACUAUCAUCAGAAUAAUGCAUUCUAAAUUCAAUUGCCUCUUAUAUUCUUUUUACAUUUGUAAUUCUAAAAGAAAAUACAUAUUUUUUUGUAGGUUUAAGUAUAGUUUUAAUUGUUGGCUUAGUUAUGGGCUAUUUAUUAGUUAUGUUAAUGUGAUAAGAAAUGCAUCCUUUAUAUUUUAGUUAAUAUUUCUAUUAAUUGCUCUUUUCAUUUACAAGGUGAAUUAUUAUUUUUUUUAUUUUAAAAAUAUUUUUUAGUAUUGUUUUCUUCUUGAACUCACUUAAAUUAAUAACGUUGCUUGUAAAUCACUGGUUCCAUACACAGGGCUCACUUGACAAUUAUAUCUACAAUGAGAGCAACCCUGACCUUUCCGAGACUGAAAUAUUUCACAUAACCAAACAAAUUCUUGAAGGAUUGCUAUAUUUACACCAGAAAGAUAUCAUUCAUCGAGAUGUGAAAGGUAAAUAAAGAAAUAUAUAUGUAUUGUAAUAUCAGUUAAUUUUCACUAUUUUUGCAUAUUAUUAGACAUAAAUAUGAUUUUGUGUGGAAUUAAUAUUGAUAUAUGUUGAACUACAAAAAAUGUUUAAAAACAACUGUUUUAAAAAAAAAAAUUGUCUCUAAUAUUUAGUCAAUUUAGCCAAAAUGGACACGGACACGCAUCGCCGCCAUUCGACCCAGGGUCCCAUUAAAUUCAAUGAUGUUCGGAAGUUAUUUGUGUUAGUCUAUUUUAGUUAAACGUAAUAAUAAAGUUUGCAAACACAUAGUCCAUUCAAUUAUCUUUCAUUUGAUACCUCAUUUUGUCUUACAAACCCAACAGUGAUAUUUUAAAUAGUUGUUUUUUUAAUCUCAACCUCUCACUUCUGAUACCCGGGUGCAAAUAGUCGCAGCGAUAAACGAAGAUACGUCUUGUUAAUGUCGCUAAUAUAAAUGUUUCCCCUUCGUUAUUUCUGAUGUGUUAACUUUUAUUUUUCCGUUAAUGUAUACAAUCUUAAAUCUUUUUUGUAGAUUCCCUCUUGUUACCUACUGCAGAAAUUAAAUAAAUAAUUUUAUCAUUUAUUAAUAAAUAUGUACGCACAAUUUCUUUUAAAAUAUUGUUCAAUAAAAUAAAUUUUAGUGAUAAUAUGAAUUUUGACACUCUGUUCACUUUAUACAUUAAAGGUUACUUUUAUUUUUUUACGUUUAUAAUUUUUAUUACAGUAGGGACAUUAUGUAACAUUUUAAUUUUAAAAUGUAGGUGGAAACGUUCUGCUUCGAGAGAAGUUCCACAUAAAACUCGCAGACUUUGGUGUUUCUAAAAUAUUGGAAAAAAUAUCUAUUGCAACCACCGCAGAAAUAGGAACAGCACGAUGGAUGGCCCCUGAGCAGCUGUCCAAAUCCUACAGAAAAGAAGUGGAUAUAUGGUAGACAAUUUUAAAGCUUUAUGUCUUCAACUUUGGUUAUAAAUUAUAAUAUUGUAUGGAACAAUUUUUACGAAAUAUUACUUAUAUUGAAGAUUUUAAAACUAGGAUAACAAAUAUUUAUAAGACGGGGGCCGAUCCAUCGGACUCUUAGAGGUAAUUUCAAUGACCCCAGACACCGUUUGGAGGCUGAAUUACAGUUUUACUAUGAAUAAACAAAUUAUUAUAACAACUGCUUGUAUUUUAUUUACAGUAAAUCAUUUGUGAAACAUGAAAAAUACACAAUUUAAAAUGAGCCAAAAAUUUAAUUAGCAAUUUAAUGGAAAGUAUCUGACAGCUUUAUGAUAAUGACAUUGACCUUGGCUUGUUACAUAUUAAUUUUUUUUAACAGGGACGACCAAACGACGGCCAGGUGGGUCGGGUUAAGGAAUUCUGUCAGGCCGAAUGUAUCACGUGGGCCGUAGUUUCUAUGAUCUUUGCUAUAAAAUAUUCAACCCUCAACUAUUAAUAUACACUCAAACGUGGAAUUUAAUUAAUGUAUGUCUUUGUGAAUGUGUGGCUGUCUAAAGAAUUUGAUUUGGCUGAUGGUAUAGUGUGUAAUAAAUCGGUUACCAAAAAAGUAGAUUUUAGGCCGACGAAUUUAAGCUGAACUAUAACGAAACUAAUCGUAUUCUUUCAGUAGUAUUAGCCUUCCCCGGGCUCCGGUUGACAAAGUCUGUGGUGGCUUGUCGAUUAGUAGGUGUCGGACACCGACCCCCACAACAUUACCCUGGGGAACACGACCACUGGGCGCGUCCCGCGUGGGCAGACAAGGGAUGUGCUCGGUAACUGCCGUAAAUAAAACAGCUCCUACAGGGCUGCCAGUUGUGAUACUUCCCAACUGGAAGAAUAGACAGGUAGGGAUCAUGAUUACAAGUUGCCGUUACUGGAUAUGAGGUCAGAGGCUAAGGUGGUAAAAUCUGCAGCCCUGAGAAGCUGCUCCAAGGCAACCGUUUCGUCCCAGCUGCAGCUCGAAUUAGUUGCGUUGUGGAAACCCACUGUAGAAUCCCUCUUAUAGGGCGUCUAACGCUUCCCCGGGAUGGGUGGGGAGAAGAUUUUAGGACGUAAAUUUUUCCAUCCUGACUCCUGAGAAACUCGAUCGAGCGCACUGUGUGCAAACACAGUGUCGGACCGACCGAGUGUCUUUGGAUUACGACGGCCCCCGGUGGAGACCCUGGUCGAGCAGACUCGGGUGGGGACCAUCCUGACAAAGGGACAUCCCCGACGUCCGCUUCACGGCCCGAUACCGGGUUGGAGAGGCAUGUUUUGGGGAGGGCAUAAAGAGCACGUGCUUGACGGCCCGCUGACGCCAUUUCUUAAUGUAAUAUUUCAGAAGCAUUAGCAUGCUUCAAUUGUCCACACAUAUAACCAUCCCAAAUGCGUGUUGCAUUAAAUGUUCAAAGUGAUGCGUCAGAAAUGAGGUGACCUUAUGCUUAUGUCAGAUCAACACCGUUUUGACCAUGAUUCAAAGUCAAAUGAAGUGUUAAUUAAUGUCGUAAGUGACAGUAAGCUAUAUGAAUCGAAUCAGUAAAAAUUAAAAACAUUAAAACAUACUGUUUGUUUUUAUUUCAUUGGUUUGACCAAAAAUAUAUUUUACAAAAUUGGACAUUUGAAUAAAAAUAAUUUUUGUAACCAAAUUAAAAGCCAGAAAUAACCCAGCAGUUAAUAUUUUUUUUCCGAUUCGUCACUACCACCUCUUAAAAUUUGAGCACUAUUACCAUACAGUACAAUGUCUUUUACAUGCUGUCUGUGAUUUGAUUGUUUAUCUACUUGAGGUAGUUAAUCUUAUUUGGCAGUCUCUGCGUCACUCGGUGGAAUAUGCUAUUGAUAAUGCAUUUUAAAAAUCAUACAAUUGUUGAAUUUUGGGGCGUUCAACCCAAAUGAAGAAGAGUUAUUGAUGUAGGUUCCAAAAUUAAACUCUCUCUACGAUGACUGAUCAGAGGAGGAACCUUUAAAAGAAAUACUAAGUUUUCGAAGAAUUGAAAAAAUGAUUAUAUUGAAUUUCAUUUUUUUUUUAAAUGGACUGGUCUAAAUUGGAUGUUUUAAAAUUAAUGGUUGAAUGAGUCUUCCGAGCAUCUCUUCUAAUACCCACGCUAAGCCUUUAGUUGUUUCAUACGAUCUGUGUGUCUGUGCCGUCAUGUUAGUGGAUAUUUUUUUUAACUAAGACCUAUUUACGAUCCACAGUGGGACAAUCUAGGCUUACUGAUCCGGCUUUUCUAUCAAUUGAAAGGGAGAAAAUUAACUUGCUUUUGUUCCUGUCAUUGUUAUACGUUUUACUUAUCAAAAUCCCUCCUGGAAGUAAUGUGGGAAAAGGGGGGGGGGGGGUGAAAACAAGAGUUUACUACACCGGGUGGCAAAAAUCUUAGCUAUCCAACUGUAACUGUCUACCCCUAAGUGUAUCUUUGACUACAAUUAGUACCCCUGCGUCUUUCACUUUAGAAGGGGAAAGGGGGGGGGGGGGGUGAAAACAAGAGUUUACUACACCGGGUGGCAAAAAUCUUAGCUAUGCAACUGUAACUGUCUACCCCUAAGUGUAUCUUUGACUACAAUUAGUACCACUGCGUCUUUCACUUUAGAAUGUUCCUCCAUGAAUAUGUAAUCUACUACACGUGCUCGAAAUACUUUAACCUUAAAUAUCCCGUGUGGCACUAAACAUUGUACUAGAUACGCGUUCCACGGUCAUUGAAUUGCUACAUCAUUUAAGACAACAUUCUCGCGACUAGAUCCUUUACCACCCCCCUCCCCUCCGGACGCUCUACCCGCUUAUUAGCAUCUAUCACUUUGAGGGUUUUUCUGAAGUUGAUAAUUUAUCUAACGCUACCCAAGGACUGCAUGAACAUUCCAGUUUGACCAGCUAGCAAGAAAACUCAUUUUAGAACUGGGUUCUCCCACAAUCCAUCUGGUGUCUCCCUGCCUCAAAAGCUAUCAUAUCUUUAGCGUACUACUAUAAUAUAUGCCAAUGCCAGGUUAAGUAAUCCAUCAUCUUUUGUUCGUGUGUCUAGUACCUACACCAACAGUUUCCUUUCUCAGCCCUUAGACAUCUUUAAGGCGAGUGCCCAUGAGCAUACACUAUAAUUCCGGAGGGAAACUUUUUCAUUUUACUAUAAUCAAUUUCCAAUGCAACAUUUCUUCUGUUAAAUCCUACUCGAUAAACUUCCAAUAACAUAUUUCAUUUUUCUUUGAACACAUUUUACCUUUACCACUACGUUCAAACAAUUUUUUACACAUUUAAAUAAUGUGUGCCUUGCUUAAAUAUUAUUACAAAAUUUAGUUUUUGUUUACAAAUAUAAAAGGAAAAUAAAACGCUUUAACUUUUUUGUUUUACAAGAUAAAUAAUUUUAAAAAAUUAAUAAAUAACUGUGUACAUAUUUUAGGGGUCUUGGAUGCACAGUUCUUCAAAUGAUAACCAGAUCUCCUCCGUUUAAAGAUCUACAACAACAACAACAAGUUUUAUUCAGAUUGGGUGGAGAAAAUCCUUCUCCAGCUUACAACCUUAAUCUCAGGUGCUCCCAAGAUCUAAAAGAAUUUCUCGAUCAAACACUUGAAAAAGAUCCAAGAAAGAGACCAAGAGCAUCUGACCUGCUUAACAAAAAUUGUUAUUUAAGUAAGCAGUAUUUUCUAUUUAUUAAGUGGUUUUUUUUCGUUUUUUUCCUUCUUGUUCUUUUUUCCCUUCUAAUUUUUAAUUUUAAAAAAAUACAUUUAUAUUAUCCGUUUAAUAAAUAAGAUGAAUAUUUUAAAAAAUGUUAUAACAAUAGCUUUCUCAUGAAGCUCUAGUAAUCAGUCUAUUGCCCUCCCCCAUCACAUUACUCCAUCAAAUGACAUUCUGGCAGUGUUUCUUUAAGACAACUACCCCUGGAGGCAUUUCAAAUUUUCGGGGCAGGGGGGGGGAGGGAGGUGGACGGUGGCACAGUCGGCAGCAAAAGGGGGCAGAUGGGACUGAUCCCAGGUUGCCAGUCUUACGGGGGCGAUAAAAUGUUUUUGGCAGUAUGGAUAAUAUAUUGGCUUUCUGAGUUGAGUGGCGAAGUAAAAUGAUUCUUGACCCUUAGCGCCAAAGCCUCUAGUAACACCUCUGCCAGAGGCGUAGAAAUGACACGAAGGGAGUGGCGCGCCCAGUUGGUAAUUUUCAAUUAUUAUGGGGGGUUUGCGUUGUUUUCGGAUAACAGCAGAGUUUGUAUUGUGAAAGUGAGUGCAUACUUCUGAUUAUAUCAAAAUCAAGAGGUGCAUUUUUGAGUAUAACUGAUUUGAUUGUUUCUAUUAAUCAAAGGAAUGAAUUUUUUGUUAACAUCUUGGGAAGGCAUUAAGGUGCCCAUUGCCAAACAUAAAUAAAAUUUCCUCCAUCUGGUGUACGCCCCAGAUGAACUAUUUGUCGAACCCUUAGAUUCAACCCGGUACUGUCACACUGAUCAGCGUUCUGGGAGGGGAGUGUCUAUGACGUUUGGGCAAAAUAAAAAUAGGGGUAGAGGGAUGCAUUGGCGCAUACUUCAAUUCGGUGUUUCUUUUAGGCAAUUGUAAGAGAGCAUUUUAGACUUUCGGAUGGGAAGUGCCAAAAUUUGCAAAAAUAAUGGUCAAAAAUAUUUCUAACUCAGCCCCAGUUAAAAACAUGAACUAGAUUCAUUUCAGAAUUGGAGCCCUAGAGGGUAUGCUUUUUUUCCUUGGUAAUUGUUGUCACUUAAAUAUUAUUUGGGGGGGGGGUGAGGAUUCGAAACUGAGUCAAUCUCAAAAUCGUGAUCUGGAGUUCAAAGCCCAAUCAAAAUAACUCAUCACCAGCUAAUAGGGUGGAUGGGACUCGUUAACAUUUGAUAGCAAGUCUUUCAAGACAAUGACAUUCUAAAUUAAAUUCAAAUCCCGGAGAUGAUAUUGACACGAUGAAACAUUCAAACAACUCUUGUGACGCCCCUGGUGCCAAUCUGUAUCAUCAUUGUUUUUCUUCUAUAUAUUAAGGGCCCAAUAUAUUGAUAUUUCUGGCUCCCAUAUAUGUAGAGGUACUAGCAAUGUGUUUGUGCCUAGUAAAGGAGAAAGGGUAUCAUAAACUGGGAUUUGCAAGACCUUAGGCAAUAGAGGCAAAUAUGCCAAGUGUAUGUUGUCGCCUCAAUUGUUCCUUUUGGAAGAUUGUUCUUGUCCCUGGUUGUCUUUGACAUGCAUUAGCAUUACCUGUAAUGUGUUCUUACUUUCUUGAGACGGAACUGCCUGUGGCCUCGUGGCUGUCUAGGGGAACAGGGACGAGUUUCUGUUUAAUUAUUUAAGCAGUGGACCAGCCCAUUUUUAUCUUGUAUCUAGCUCAAUGUACACGGAAUCGAGUAAUGGUUCUAAUAAUAACAUUUAAAAAAAAAAAGAAUUAGGCCAUCAUUCAAUUUAUAAUGAACUAUAUUUCAUACUAUAAAAGUAAUGCUUUUAUCAUGAAAUAUAAAAGUAAUGCUUUUAUCAUGAAAUAUUAUUUGAAACCAUGAAAAAAAAUGCCUAUCGACACUUACUUAGAACUGUAUAAAGAUUAAAGACCUUAAAAUCGAAGGAAAUUUAGUGUAUUACAAUGUUAUUAAAGGUUUUAAACUUGUGAAUUUUCAAAAAAAUAUUUAAAUUAAAAAUACCAAUGCAUGCAAAGAACAGGAAGUAUCAAUUCUGCUCAUAAUCGGACGCGGUAGAUUUUAGAAAUAUUUCGAUAUUUAUAAUCGUUAAAUGUAAGAUUAUAACAUGAUUAACCUUCAAUAUACGGAAUGUAAAAUGUAUCGAAUGUAGUGAUAUUUCUUUGAUUCCACAGAUUGCUAUCGGUUAAUGACACCAGUUAAUAUUAUUUUUAGAAUUGUUUAAAAAAUGACUAUUUUUGUUUUAAAAUAAAAUAUAUUUACGAUUUAUUGUUGUACAUAUUUUUGCUCUGGGGAACACUUGCCUUUCCCCAGGGGUAGUGCCCCCCCCCCCCUUUGGAGAUAUGCCUGAAAGAAACCCUGCAUUCUGGUGCUUCUAAGGCGAAGUUACAUUGUGUCGUUUAUAUUUAAACAAUCAUCUUAAGGAAGCACUGUUACAGGAUUAUCAUUAUAGUUCAAAGUAAACUAAGAUGCAUUUUUUUUUACACUUUUAUAUGUAUUUUUUUUUCUAGCGAAGGAAAUGAAAGAAGGUAGUCUAUUUUAAUAAAUAAAAAUGCUCUUGAAUGAAAAUGUAUCCUCAACUAAGUCAAGCAACAGUAUUUACAGUAAUAAUCGAAGCUAACGCAAAUAAAGUUAAAUAAAUCGGGAAAAAGUUAAUGGUCUUAAAACUUCGUCGUUUAGUUCAUGUAUGAAAAAGAGUUGUCUGUUUCUUAAACGACAGUAACUUUAAUUUAAUAAUGCUAAUAGUUUGUAAAGGAGUUUUAAAUGUGUAGCUUAUCAAUUGAAAAUAUGAACUUUUGUUUAUUCAUGCUCGUAUGUCUGCGGUUAAAUAAAAAGAGGUCAAGAGAUAUGUUCUUAAAUUGUAUAUGAUAAGACUCCGAAGGGGCUCUGGUUCGAUUGAGAGGCGCCGGGCACCUGACCCCCAAGAGAACCCGGGGGGGGGGGGAACCAUUGGGUGUGCCUAAGUGGGCAGACAAAGGCCACGCAUGGUCGCUGUCGUAAAUGGUAGCAUCUACAGGGCUACUAACUGUUGGAAAUCUGCAAUUGAAAAUAAAAGGCAGAAAACGGAGUAAGGCUCAUGAUUACAUGUUGCAGUUAAUGGAUAUGAUGCAUGAGGUGGUUGGUGGUAAUCUCAUGCAUGUGAUUCUAUUUACACAUCAUUUAGGAAGCUGUUCCUAGGCAACCGUUUCGUCCCCGCUGCUUCGUAAAUUAUUUGCGAGUUAGAGGCAGACUAAAUUAAUCCCUAUAAGAUUGCGUCUGAUGCUUCUAAGAUGGGAGGGCGUAGAUUUUAGGAUAUAAAUACACCAUCCCGUCCCCAUGGGAAAGUCUGUUGUUGGUACUGUGCAAGCAGCGUCCGGCCGAAUUUAUGUCCUCGGGCUAGGGCGGCCCCCAUUGAUGAACACGAUCGAGCGGAUGCGUGUUGGGGCUGUCCUGGCAAAGGUAGAUCUCAGUCGUGCCGCUUCGGAGCUCAAUACUCAGGCUUCCGGGUGAUGCUUUGCGGGAGGGCAUACAAAGCUUCGACUCGACUGCCCGCUGACGUCAUUUCUAAAUUUGAAAUUAUUAUUAUUAGCAGUAUUAGUUUUAUAUAGCGUGGUACCCCCAGACUAGGGCUGGGCUCACCACGCUGUACAUGCAAUUUCACAAACAUGAUCAUGAACUUAAAAAUAAACAUAAAUUAAUUAAAUGAAAUAAAACACCAAUUUCCGAAGUAUGUGCACGUUAUAUUUCAGUGGAUACGAUAUUGUAUUAAAGAGGUUAAUAGUUACUUAAAUUACAGUAGUUGUAUUUAUUAUUGUUUUUAUUUUUUUUAAAUUGAUUUAAAUUUCUAAAUAUUCAACAUGUAUAUAUGUCCAUUUUUUAACUCAUGCUCAUACCUAUACUGUUCUUUAAUUCUUCUAUUCCGAUAAAAAGAAGAAGAAUCAUCUGACACAAAUGCUAAAGAAAUAUACACAGGAUCUGCAAACCUGCACAGGCACUAUAGAAGUAUGUAUGAGACAAUUAUUAUAAUUAUGUAACGAAUUUAAAGUAAAAUGGAUAUCAAACUUGAUAAAGUCCUUGAAAAUGUAUUUUUAAUACAUACUUUGUAACCGUUCUCAUGCUGCAUACGUGCAUCUUCAAAUAUUGUGUAUGUAAAUUUAUGUACGCUAUUCGGAAAUCGCCACUUUAUUAAGUUAAAGAUGUGUAAAUUAGUACUGUAGAGACUCGAUUAAUCGGUUGGUGAUUAUUCGAUAACUUCGGUUAUUUUUCCACUGUUAUAAUCAUUUUUAUUGUGUGCAGGGUGCAAGACAUUGUAUUAUAAUUUUCAUAGCAAUGAUAAAAAAAAAAUGUAAAGCGUAAAAUACACUUAAAGUAAUGUCACGUCUUUAAUCAUUCACAGUCUACCACAAUUUAGUUAUGAUAUCUCUAUCUAUUCUAUAACAAAGGAGGCGCUGUAGAUUCAAAUGAAAUAGUGGCUAUCCCUUAUUAAUACAACAUCACAAUAAUAAUUCACAAUAAUGAUCACAAAUAGAUAAUACUUGUACUGAUCUUAAAAAAAAAACAUCUAGAAUAAAGUUUCUCCACCUGAUAACGUCACAAUCAUAAUCUAUUCAUUAUCUUAUCACAUAAAAUUAAAAAUAUUGACUUAAUAACCGCCAUAUUCUCAAUCCUUUAUACUCCUCUGAUUGGUUCCUAUUCCCAAGUGCUCAUACGCUAUAAAUUACACGUGAUAAUUCUUACAAGAAGUAAGUCCCUUGUAAAUCAUUAUUAUCUGUGACACUCUCCCUAUUCAUUUUUUUUUUUUAAAUUUGAAACAAAUUUGAAAAAUACUUAUAAUAAUUACUUUUUAUAAAUAUUAUCAAGUUUUAUCAGAGUCAUCAUUUCUUGUCUAACAUUGUGAGAAUAAUUAAAUUUCCUACCCUGAUUCCAGUCUUGUCUUCUACUUGUUUGACUAAAUCUAUUAUAAUUUUGACAGUUUCUUCUUAAAUGUCCUUCUUUUCGACAAAUCCAGCAAUUAAAAUAUCUAGUUGAGUUGUUUCUGCUUGUAUUUUCUCUGUCUGGAUUACUACUAUAUCUCUUAUUGUUUUCAAUUGCAUAUAAAAUAUUAUCACUAUCAUUUUUAUUUGAUGAUUUAGCAUUGGGAUAGCUAUCCCUAAACUAAAAUGGCAGUAACCAAUCCCCUCAUUUCUCUUAUUUGUCUUUGUUUGAUACAUGAAUAUAAUCCUUCAUUAGCCAAAUUAAUGGCUUUAUCAAUGACAAUUAAUUCCAUUACAUGCCUUUGUAUCUUAAAUGUUUAUCUGUGUCAACCUCAUCCAUGAAGUUAGAUCUGGAAAUAAAUUUUCAGUCCAUGCCUGAGGAUCAUCACUUAUUCUUAAAUAAGCCUCAUGAAUUUUUGUUUUUCUAUAUAAAUCUUCUGUUUUGUUAAAAUGUCUUAAAAGUUGUUCCUUCAUUGUUUCGUAGUCAAUAAUGUAUAUACUUCCAGCUGCAACAAGAUGCAAAAAAUCCAAAACAGCACAAAAGUAAGGAAACAUGGAUUUCACUAGAAAAUAAUUGUAUGAAAUAGUUCUUUCUUUGGAAUAUAUGCAUAAGAAAUUGUACAGGAUCAGAAUCUUUGUUUUGGAAACGUAAUUUUUCUUUCAAUAACAUUUUGUUAACACAAUCUCCAUUAUCACUAUACAAGUGAUAACUUCCAGAUACAACAAGAUGGCGGUAUAUUAAUACACAAAAGGAAGGAAUUCUUAAUUUCACAAAAAAAUAAAUAGUUAUAGGAUUUAGUCAUUUAAGUAGAAAAUAUUCUACAAACUAUUGCCAUCAUUGUUAUUUUUAGAUACGCACUUUUAUAAUGAUGUGUACAGGAACAGGUAGCUACCCUGAUGGGGGAAUCAUAUGUGCUUCUAGGAGCGGUUCAUCUACCUUGGUCCUGUCCUGUAACUAAAAUGUCCCCAGCUCAUCCACGCAGCUGUCAGCAUGCAACAGCUGCCAUAUCCUGGGCAACGGCUUACACUAGCGGGGUAAACCAGAUGUGGGUAGCUGAUGGGCCUCAUUCACUCGGUGAUUUAGGUCUGCCUACCUAAUGCAUGCAAAGACUGGACGUCUGCGGAUCCUGCGGAAGAAAACAUUUAGGUUCAACGGAGGUGAAGGCGAUUACAGCAACGCACCGUGGAGUGCGUAGAGCAAGAUGAGGCACGUAGAAUACCUUGGUCAUCCACUGCAUCCGUACCCAUUUCUGGUCGUCUUGACAUAGUCUUGCCACUGGACACGGUGGGUCCGGACAGAGAGUGAGGCUGACGCUGCGCAACUCUUCCUCAUUUUAAACAAAGUCACCCGCGCAAGUCAUCAGUCAUCCAACUAUACUCAUCAUCCCAAGUCUCAUGGUGACAGGCAGGCUCACCUAAAUGCAUGACGAAGUGGCUAGAAUAGGUGCCCAAAAGAAUGCUUGCUCCUUCACACCCUGACCGGCUGAACACGGUCAGCGGGGACACAAUCUUUGCGCUCGUAAAACAAGGAUAAACACUAUUUCACUUAAAAUUGCCACAUGGAACAUACGCACACUGCUUGACAGGGACAUUUCUAACAAACCUCAACGACGCACGGCGCUCAUUGCCCAUGAACUUGCAAGAUACAAUAUAGACAUCGCCGCCCUCAGUGAAACCAGACUCUCUGGCAAGGGUGAAAUCACAGAAAGGCUUGCUGGCUAUUCUUUUUUCUGGAGCGGGCGCGACCCUGACGCAAGGCGAGAAGCUGGUGUUGGCCUUGCUAUCAAAACCUCUCUUGUAACCAAGCUCCCCAGGUCUCCAAAAGGUAUAAAUGACCGUCUCAUGACGUUGAAAGUCCCCCUCUGCCAUAGAAAGAAGUCUGCUACUUUAGUCAGUGCCUAUUCACCAACCAUGACAAACACAGAACAGACCAAAAACAAAUUCUAUGAAGACUUGAACACUGUCAUCUCUUACACACUGUCUGCUGACAAACUCAUCAUACUUGGUGAUUCCAAUACACGUGUCGGAAGUGACUACACCUCCUGGGGGGGGGGCGAGUUAUUGGGAAGAAUGGUGUUUGAAAGUGCAACAGCAACGGCCUACUGCUACUGCAGACCUGUGCUGAACAUGGCCUUCUAAUAACGAACAUCAAUGUCAGCCUGCCAACGCGCAACCGGACCUCCUGGAUGCACCCCCGUUCAAAACACUGGCAGCUAAUUGAUUAUGUCAAUGUCAGAAAUAGGGACCGCCAGGACGUGAGGGUGACUAAGGCCAUGUGCGGCGCAGAAUGUUAGACGGAUCACCGCCUCAUCGUCUCAAAGAUGAAUAUUCAUAUCCAACCUAAUAGACGACAUCAGGUCACAAAAGUUCCAAAACGCCUCAACAUCAAUAGACUGAAUAUCCCUAAUGUGAGACAAACUUUUGUUGACAGCCUAGAUCAUCGCCUUGAUACAAUCACACUGGACAAACAGGACGCGGAAAAAGCGUGGACCCGCCAAAUGUCCAAUGGCAAAUUACCUGGCCCCGACAUGGUCAAUAGAGGUGGCUUGUGGAAAAUCAUGAAGAAAUACGGAUGCCCAGACAAGUUCACUAACAUCAUGAUGGUAUGAUGACCCGAGUGCAGGACAACGGUUAAUCAACUCAAGCAUUCCCCGUCACAAACGGUGUAAAGCAGGGUUGUGAUCUUGCUCCCACACUCUUCAGUAUUAUUUAUUCCGCAAUGCUGUCUGGUGCGUUUAAGGACUCCACCACGGGCUUGCCAAUCCGGUUUCAUACUGAUGGAUCAGUAUUUAAUCUUAGGAGCCUUCAAGCUAAAGCCAAGGUCAAACAUACCAUGAUCAACGAGAUUCUGUUUGCAGACGAUUGUGCCCUCAACGCUCCUUCAGAAGCCGUCAUGCAACACAGUGUCGAUAACUUCUCUGAGGCCUGCAAUAACUUUGGCUUCACAAUCAACACAAAGAAGACUGAGGUGAUGUAUCAGCCAGCUCCCAGUACGCCCUACUUUGAACCCAAUAUCAACAUCAGUGGACAGCGUCUCAACCCGGGGAAUAAAUUUACUUACUUUGGCAGCACUCUCUCUAGAUCUGUCGUCAUGGAUGCUGAAAUGAAUGGAAAACUCGCAAAAGCUAGUGCCCUAUUUGGCAGGCUCCGCAGCAAUGUUUUGGACAGGAGAGGUAUCAGACGAGAAACAAAGCUCAAGGUCUAUAGCAGAACAGUCCUCAUGACACUGCUCUAUGGAUGUGAAACGUGGACAGUCUACCAGCGUCACGCCAAGAAACAGAAUCAUUUUCACACUACCUGCCUCAGGAAACUAAUCAACAUCAGGUGGCAAGACAAAGUCCCCGACACCGAGGUCCUCGCUAGAGCAAACCUACCUAGUAUCUUAACCACUCUGAUGCAGUCUCAGCUCCGUUGGAUGGGACAAGUAGCCCGUAUGGAAGACCACCGGCUCCCAAAAUAAUUAUUCUUCGGAGAACUCACGAUAGGCAAGCGCUCCCAAGGAGAUACAAAAAUGCGUUGCAAAGACUCAAUGAAAGUGGCAAUAAAGGCCUUAAGCAUAAACCCUACACAAUGUGUGCAGACAGCCCAGGACAGAGCCAGGUGGAGAGCUGCUGUCAAGAAGGGGGCUUUAUCCCAUGAAGCUAAUAGAAUAACCACAGCUGAGACACGCAGGCUUGUCUCAAAGAGCAACAUUAGGUCACGUCUGAAGAUACUUUUCUAUGCCCACGGUGUCAUAGAUUAUUCUGAGCAAGGAUCGGUCUACCAAGCCACCUACGAGCUCACCGUAAUCCUAACCUCCCCCUAACCGGAUGACUCGAUGGUCCUAGUCGACUUCGACGGACGAACAACAACAGACAAUAAUUUCUAAAUUUUGCAGACAAGCCAGGGAGUCUCUAGCUCAAUCUGUAACAGCUGAAAAUAGCUGCACCUUCCAAUCACUCUUGUUAAUAUUUUGUAAACUGCACUGUCUUUCAAAUAUUCUGAUAAAAUACUCAAAAUUUUCCUUUUUGUUGUCAAAUGGUUGUUAUUUGAUGCGAGGAUGUUUUUGAUUAUUCCUUGAUUUAUUAACUUCUGUAUGUGUUCUAUUAUUUGUAGGAUUGGCCAAUUCCAAUUUUUUCAUCUCCAGUUCAUGCGAUCUUCUCGCAGCCCUUUCAUCUCUUUCUUCAAUCUUAUCUCUUUCAAUUCUUUGUGUUUCUUGAUGCACAAAUUCUUUUAGUUCAUCACCUUUAUACCCCAUGUUUUUAGCUACUGUAACUAAUUCUUUAAUAUCUUUCAUUUUUUAUGUGUAUGUACACUGGUAUUAAUUUAUAAUCACUUUAAUAUAUACAUACCUAAUAAUAAAUCAAUUAACUAUGUAUACUAAAUCAAUCAUCUAGGCACAUGUCAUAUCCUAUUCAAAGAUUAUAUCAAAUUAACGAUAUCAAUUUAUAUUGAUAAUUUAAUAUUUAUAAGGAAUGAAAAUAUAUCAUACUCAAAGGACUAAACAAAAACAAAUCACUAUUUUCUUAAAUUGAUAGAAGAAUUUACGAGAGAAAUCACGACAAGUAAUACGCAACAAGAGCAAACUUUAAUAAAUGAUAACACAGUAAUUUACAGUAGAUUAGGCAAUUUAUAAACUUGACAAUCACAUUCUAAUACAAAUGAUAUAAUUUAUUUAUUAAGAAGAGGGCAAAAUUUCAAUUUAUACAUUGCUAAUAAAACACUAAUCCUUCAAGUUAACACAAAUAUUGAAUCUAAAAGAAAAAUAUAUCUGUGCUCUGACAAUAAUGAUGUUUAAAAAAAAUAUUUGAGCACUGAUACAAAUUGAUUCUUUACACAACAUGUAAUACAAUUAAUAAAAUUAAUCUUAAAUAAGUUUCUUUCUUCUUCUUUUAGGUAUUGUUUCCAAUGAGUCUUUAGUUCUGAAAGCAAUACUAAAUUUAAAGUUAAUAAUGUCCUCUUUUUAUACAGGUAGUCACACAGAUUACACUGUCUAUUGUAUAUUUUUAAUACAGUAAAGUUCAAAUAAGUUCAUCAAUUCAUAUUUUCCUCCACUCAUAUGGUAAUUUCAUCAGCAAGGUAGUCUAAUUCACCUUUUCCUACUCUGAUUGGUUCAUAUUCCCAAGUGCUCAUACUCGAUAAAUAGCAUGUAAUAAUUCUAACAUUCUUUAACUCCGCUGUAAAACAUUAUUAUCUGUGACAAGUAAUAAUUUAAUGUUCUUGACUGUUAUAUAUUAUACCUUUCACAAGGGGUCAAGUGCUGGAGAAUCCUCUAUAAUUAAAUAUGCACGUAUCUUUUUAAAAGUAAUACAGGAACGUCUUUCCCAUGCAGUCCUAUCGUACUCCAGCCCAGCGCUUUAUUUAAUUGUAAAUACCAAGUUGGUAAUUAUUUUAGACAAAUAUAUACAAAAUAUUUACAAAUACCUAAAGAUAAUACGACUUUGUAGGAUAAUGCUAACACAGAAGGGUAUUGACUACAAUGUUAAGGUUAGUUAAUGAAGUUAGCGCACACAAUGUAUGCCUAAACAUAAUUUAAAAUGCAUUAUACGAUGUUACCAGCUUAGUUGAUUGGUGAAAACUAAAGUUAAGGAGUUGAUUUGUCUCCGUAAAACGUGUUCGUUACCGAAAAUGGAUGAUAUGCUUGUUACAAACCUAUUCUUACUUAAUAGGUUCGUUGGCUUCAUUGUCUAGGGGGGGGGGGGUUUAAUUAUAUACACUUCACAACUAUAAUUUUUAGAUGAAAUAUUUUUAUUUUCAACAAAUUUUUCAACUGGCGUUACUGUAAUCAAAUAACAACACCCCACAAACAAACAAACCUAUUCUUACUUAAUAGGUUCGUUGGCUUCAUUGUCUAGGGGGGGGUGGGGUUUAAUUAUAUACACUUCACAACUAUAAUUCUUAGAUGAAAUAUCUUUAUUAUCAACAAAUUCUUCAACUGGCGUUACUGUAAUCAAAGAACAACACCCCACACACAAAUCUACAAUAAUAACACGUCAUAUCCCUUUCCACACAAUACGUCACAAGAAACUAAAAGUAAUAGAUAAAACAACACACAUAAUCUCAAACCAACACGCAAUCACACAAUACACUCAAGUCCCUAACAUUCCUCUCCCGCUUCCUUUGACAUUAAUUUGAAAAAUUCAUGUCACCCACAAAUCAGUAUCCAAAACUUUGUCAAUAGACAUCAAACAAUUAACAAGAGUAAAUACCAAAUGUAAACCAAUCAAUUGAUAUAUUACAUUUUCAAUAAGCGACAUGUAUUACAAAGAAAUGUAUAACACAUUGCCACCCCAAAAUGUUUAACCAAUCUGGCAACAUACAUAAAAAUUGUUAGUAUCACCUCCCAACUCAACAAAGUCAAACCCUUACAAUUUAAUUCUGAGCAAUUCCUGCUCCCAAACAUAAUAUAUCAUCUUCGCGAGUACAUUAUGAAAACAAAAAUUCUCUCAUCUAACUCGAACAAUGGGGGAAAAAAAUAAAAACCAUUAGCCACAGCAAAAUUGUCUGAGUUGGAGAUGGACUCGACACGCCCCUCCCCCAGUUUUAGGAAUGUCCUUGACAAGCUCACGACCUCUACGUCGUGAUUAUCGUGGCCUGUCCAGGUCCCAACAUUUUCGAACCUCGGACAAGAUCCAAAUCUCCCUCUUGUCAAAAUCCCAGCGUCGCCCAAUAUCGCAGUGGUUCACAUAAUCAUCCCCCCUACUUAGGCAUGUUCAAAACAGUAGCAUCUAAACAUUUCUAUGUCCUAAAGAUACUGCCUAGGUAACUAAAUUCUGAAACCAUCACCAGAAUAUCUUGCACGAGGAUUCAACUAUACCGCCUUGACUAGUUAAAAUACCUGUCUCAGGCACAGGAGUAUAGUGUCUGUACACAACUCUACUCAAUGUUUUGCCAUAGAAAGAAUACAAUAUAAUUCGCAAUGUUAUUACCAUGGAAAUUAAUUUUAAAAAUGAACAAUGAUAUACAAGCCUUUGAAAACUACAUCCUAAAAAUGAAAACUUCAAAGCUAAAUGUUAACGUCUGUUAGAUUUUAUAUACGCUUUCAAAUUAGGAAAAAUUAUAGAAUUGACAACAAAAUUAUUGUCCCACACACAAAAAUUGACCACAAAAUAAACGAAACUCUGCCUGUUCAAUGGAAAAAAAAAUAACAUCUAUUGACACAUGUGGACAUCCUUAAAUUGUCCAGUCCCAAAUUCAUAUUUAAAGAGGGCGGGAUAUUACGCGUGUCAGUCGCCUGACAAAAAGCGCGCACAUUUGUCCACCAGCUUAACUCUUCCCUCUCAAUUCUCACUUGCUUCAUUUUGUUAUGGCCUUUUGACACAUUAUUCACUAACAAAUGAAAUCUUUGCACAUUUAAAUUCUUAAAUAUAAUAAUUUCAUCAUCAUUAAAAUUGCAACCAUGAACAAAACCAGUUAUAAUGACGAAAUCAACAACAUUACCUCCCAACUCAUGGAAAACACACGUUCAACAAAUUACGAAAAACGGACAUGUCAUGGCUCUCAAAAUUAGAACACUCCUGGCUCUCGUGAUCAUAAAUAUCACACACAUGAAAAUUCAAACAUAUUUUCUUUUCUACCCCCAUCUCAGGGAAACAACUCACAGCCUUCAAGUCAGGUUUAUAUUCAUUAUUUAAAAAGUUAACCUUGGUGUCCUCACGGUUCUCAAGCCUCCAGUAACCAGUGUCUAUUACAGCACAAAAUUCCCCGACUGGACUACUACCCUCGUAGCUUCACGUAAGGUGAUCUCCUAUGACUUCUACCUUGUUAAACAUACGCCCCUUCGACAAACAUACGCCCCCUCGACAAGCUCACCACCACUACCACGUGAUCUCCGUAGCUUGUCCACUUCUUAAUAUUAUGAACAUCUCCCUCUUGCACAAAAUCAACAUCUGCUGGCUGUAUACAAUCAAGAAAUCCCUCUGGUACUAAACCAAGAUCUGCCUGAUUUAUAAAAUUAGCAAAUACCUCCUGUACCAAGCCAAUAUCUUCUUUGUUUACAAAAUCAACAAAUAUCUCUUGUAUUAAACCCACAUGUCCUUGCAGUACAAAAUCAAUAUCUGCCUCUUGUACCAGGCCAGUUCUAAUUACUGUAUCUAUGUCAAUUGAAACAUCCUCAAGACUACACUGUUCUAUGCCUACAUUCAGUACAACUGCGUCAGUUUUCUCACACGCAGCACCCAGUUUUUCAACAUCCUGGCUAGCAAAAUUUCUAUCUGACUCCUGACUUUCAUCUACAUUUAAAACAUUUCUGGCCUCCUUAAUGUCAACCCUAUAGUCAUUUAAAUUUACCUGGUUAAUUGCCACUAAGGAUAACUCUGUGCCCCUAUCCUCAGUUACAUUGGCAUUACAUUCCACGGGAUACCUAAGGAUAACUCUGUGCCCCUAUCCUCAGUUACAUUGGCAUUACAUUCCACGGGAUACUUAAGGAUAACUCUGUGCCUCUAUCCUCAGUUACAUUUGUAUUAGAUUCCACGGGAUAUCCAAGGAUAACUCUGUGCCCCUAUCCUCAAUUACAUUGGCAUUACAUUCCACGGGAUACCUAAGGAUAACUCUGUGCCCCUAUCCUCAGUUACAUUGGCAUUACAUUCCACGGGAUACCUAAGGAUAACUCUGUGCCCCUAUCCUCAGUUACAUUGGCAUUUUCUCAACUUCAGCCACUUGUUUCCUACUUAAUUCUUCUCUCCACAUAUUAUGUUUUUCCUGCAACAUUAACUCUGCCUGUGCCAGCUCCUGGUCCAGCUGUUCUCGCCUAACUUGUCGUUCUCGUUCUUCUUGUUCUAGCGUAACUUGUCUUUCUCGUUCUUCCCGUUCUAGCCUAUUUUGUCUAUCUCGUUCUCUAGCUUGUCUAUCUCGUUCUAGUCUAGCUUGUCUUUCUCGUUCUUCCCGUUCUAGCCUAUCUUGUCUAUCUCGUUCUUUAGCUUGUCUAUCUCGUUCUUCGUGGUUUAGUCUAACUUGUCUUUCACGUUCUUCCCGUUCUAGCCUAUCUUGUCUAUCUCGUUCUUCCCGUUCUAGCUUAACUUGUCUAUCUCGUUCUUUAUCCCUCUCCUCCUUUUCUAGCUUAUCUUUUUCUAUCAGUUUCCUUUCCACCCUCCUAGUAAGAGCCUCGUCUUUAUAACCCAGGUCCUCUCCAAACUCUCGUAGUUCCAAGAUAUAGGUUUCAUCUACACUCGUUGUUUCCAUUGUUUAUAAUCAUAAAUUUAACAAUUGGGCAGGGUCCAAUACAACAGACUAAAAUAAUACAUUUAAAUAUGUCAUAUAACACAAAAAGUAUGUAUAUCUAUCUAUCUAUAUAUGCUUAUGAACAAAAUCUUACCUAACUAUAAAGAGAACACAAAUAAAACAAGUAACUUAAGUCUUUAUCUUGUCCCUCACGGAUCUCUGGAGCACCGGUAUUGGUCAUGUCACUAAUGUGGUGAACGGACAGCGGUACACUGUCAAAUUGGGGUACAACACAGUGCACAGCAGGAAACAGUAACGUUAGGAUUCAGUCACAGAGUGAUACAGGCACAGUGUGAUGCUGGCCAAGCAGGAUACAGGCCAGGCAGCGACCUAACGUCAAACCGGGAAACAGCACAGCAGCAUACGAUGGACGCUGGAUACAGGCCCAGUGGGAUACUGGCCAAGUAGGAUACAGGCAAGAAAGCGGCGUAACGUCAAACCAGGAAACAGCACAGCAGCAUACGAUGGUCACUGGAUACAGGCCCAGUGGGAUACUGGCCAAGCAGGAUACAGGCCAGGCAGCGGCCUAACGUCAAACCGGGAAACAGCACAGCAGCAUACGAUGGUGGCUGGAUAGAGGCCCCGUGGGAUACUGGCCAAGCAGGAUACAGGCAAGACAGCAGCCUAACGUAAAACCAGGAAACAGCACAGCAGCAUACGAUGGUCGAUGGAUACAGGCCCAGUGGGAUACUGGCCAAGCAGGAUACAGACCAGGCAGCGAACUAACGUCAAACCAGGAAACAGCACAUCAGCAUACGAUGGUCGCAGGAUACAGGCCCAGUGGAAUACUGGCCAAGCAGGAUACAGGCAAAACAGCGGCCUAACGUCAAACCGGGGAACAGUGCAGCAGCAUGCGGUAGUCGCAGGAUACAGGCCCAGUGGGAUUCGGGCCAAGAAGGUUACAGGCCUAGUGGGAUAUCGGCCAAACAGGAUACAGGCUAGGCAGCAACGUACCGUCAAACCGGGGAACAGCGCAGCCGCAUGCGGUGGUUGCAGGAUACAGGCCUAGUGGGAUACUGGCCAAACAGGUUACAAGCCAGGCAGCGGCCCAACGUCAAACUGGGAAACAUCACAUAAGCAUGCAAUGAUUGCCGGAUGCAGGUUUAGCAGGAUUCAACCCAGCAGGACACAGGACCAGCAGCACACGUAUACAUCAGUAUGCAGUCACGGCAGGAUAUGGGCGCCCAAUCCCUGACGAACCUCCCAAAUGUUACAAACCUAUUCUUAUUGAAUAGGUUCGUUGGCUUCGUUGUCUAGGGCGGUUUAAUUAUAUACACUUCACAACUAUAAUUCUUAGAUGAAAUAUCUUUAUUAUCAACAAAUUCUUCAACUGCCGUUACUGUAAUCAAAGAACAACACCCCACACCCAAAUCUACAAUAAUAACACGUCAUAUCCCUUUCCACACAAUACGUCACAAGAUACUAAAAGUAAUAGAUAAAACAACACACAUAAUCUCAAACCAACACGCAAUCACACCAUACACUCAAGUCCCUAACAUUGCUCUGAGAAUAAAAUGUGUGAUCAACUUCUUUUUGAUGACGUGCAUUCUUGACAUAAUAUUACUUAACAAGUUUGCUAAACAAUUUUCUCUAGUCUGGUCACUUUUGUAAUUUUUUUACUCCUAUAGUAAGUAUCCAUAUUUGAUAUGCAUUUAGCGACAUUGGUGGUAAUAAUCUUCGGUUGUGUUCACGCAAACAAAAAAAAUAAUAUGUUACAUGAAAUGUGAAUUGCGAACGAUACAAAAUAAUAAACGAUCAGGAUCAAUUGGAAUAACAUUCAUUUAGGAUAGUCGGUAAUCGGAAAAUUGAUGAUGUGCUGUUCUAUUUAACAAUUAGGACCAAAUAAUUAGUAGAUACUAAACAACCUACAAAAAUCAUGCGUAAACUGACAGUUGUAUAUGAAAAUAUGUUAAGCUACAAGUGUUGCUAUGCCGCGUGUAAUGACUUUAAAAACAACUUGCUUCCACAUUUCAGGAAUGGCUUGAUAUUUUAUAACAAUAGGUCGUCAUAUUCUAGCACAAACAUUUACAAAUGUUAUUAAUUUCAUGUCUAAUAAAAAAAAAAGAAGUAUGUCAUUUUAAAAAUGCAAAAAUUGCAAUUGCACCUAAGCAGUUAGAGAAGGAUUAAGGAAGUAUUUAAUUAACAUGGUUCACUUAAAUUUGUUUUUAAAUUAUACCUUUUAAAAAAAACAGAUUGUCAAAAGAAUCCCGAACAUGGGCAGUUCAUACAGAUUUACGAUUUAAAAAUCAAUCAUCUUCCCAAAGAUUAUCAGGACUACGACAUUGUAGACUUCGUCAAAUCAGUCGCUAAUCUGACUGUGCGUGUAGCUGUUAACAUGACCAGUACUGAAAGACCAGAGUUUUUGCCAGAUACAAAUGAACCUUACCCAUACUUUAAUCAGAGAGGUAAGGGCGUCUUGAGGUUUGGGAGUGGAAGUGUACAUAAAGUUACUAAGUCCACCUUCAAUACAUGCCAGUGCCACAUAUGUCAACAUUCUGAUACACCAAGCAAAGAAUGGGGUGAAAUCUGGAUAGUUACCGCAACUCAUGUAGUUUUUGAUGACCUUGAGGCCCGACAUACGUCAUGCAGAUUUUUCUUUAACAAUGGUAAUAGUCCACUUUUUAUAUGUGAAGGAUUCACUGUUGUAGAUGCAAAAGUUGAAUCAGAUCGGUGCAUACUAAAAGCAUAUACAUGUGACUUGGAUCUUGUGAAUAAAAUACAGACUAUCAUGGGAGAAAGUGAAAUUUUAAGGAGCAGAUUAAAUGAACGUUACUUCAGUUUAAGCCAUGAACGUAAGUUGUGUAUCAUAACUGCACAUCCCCAUGGCACUGCCAAACAUGUUUCUAUCGGUCAAUGGUUAAACAAGUAUGAAACUGGUGUAGAGAAUACAAAGUAUACAUACUCAACAUGUACAUGUCCUGGCAGUGCGGGUGCCCCCGUUGUUAUAUUUAGUAGGUUGGAUCAUAAAGGAUAUCACACUCAUAGCGGUGUAAAUAGUGAAGGAAUUAAUUAUUGCGGUACUUUUAGAGGUUAGUGGGAGAUAUGGAAUAUAUCUCGUAUUCUUCUUUUUUUCUGCAUGUUCAAAAUGUAUAAAUAUUGCUUUUACUUAGUACAAUGACCAUUUUUACUUACAUUGAUGCUACUUUGCUGUACAUACAAAAUAAAAUAUUUUAUAUCACUUAUUGAUUAUAUUUGUGAUAUAAUUAUGCAUACUGUAUGAACGCAACGUGUCCUUAACUGCAGGCUAUGAAACUAUAAUGUACAUAUUUAUGGUAUGACGUUGUAAGCAAUGUCCUUGCAGGUGUAAAUAAUGGCUGUUUGGUUUCAAAACAAACUUAGUAGUCCCAAAAACUAGAGUGCAGUAAAUAUAUAAAUGUAAUAAUUAGAAAUACAAAAUUUAAAAAAAAUAAUAAUAAUUAUCAAGCAACUAUCUAUUUAAUGGUAUAAUAAUAAUUUCAAUUUCAUUGUAUAUGUCCCGUUAAAAUAUAAUACGAAUGCCAUGCUGCUAUAUUGAAAGGUUUAGUCUUAUCUUUAUUGUUUCUGAUAUCCCUGGAAAGCCCUUCAUCAUUCAGUAAGUGUUAAUUUUACAAAAACGGAUUAAACAAAACGCUGGUUAUUUGAAAUGUUUACUUUCAUUUUUUUUUUUUAAAAAGAACAUAUUAUUAUCCUAUGCAAUAGACAUGAAAAGUUGGCUAACAAAGUUGCCCUACCUCAUUUUCUGUCUCGGCUUAAUCCUGUAAUAUAGGCCAAAACGUGCCAAAGUGUCCUCGUUUUAUAGACAUUUUAAUUGUUUCUAUAGUAUAGUAGUUACUAUCCUAAUGUCUCAUUUUUAUUUUAGUUAGUUUACAUGUUUUAAUAACUGUAAAGCGCUUAGAGCUUUAAGGUAAGCGCGAUAUAAAAAUGCCUAAAUAAAUAACUAAAUAAACCAUUCCGCAAUGGAUACACCCUUAAGUACACCGUAAAUGCCAGGACAUGUCUUUUUCCGCUUUGGUUUUUGUUUUGUACUUCCCUUUAUUAUUUUAGUUUUUCUGUUGGUUACUGUUGUUUUAUGUUGUGGGACAUAUUCUCUUAUUGAUCCUGUCUUUUCAUUCAUUUUUAGUCAUGGUAGGAUAUACAUAUAUUAUGCAAAUUUAAUUUAUAAUUAUAUCAAUACUUUAUGUUAUAGGCCUACUUAUGAAGACAUUUUCCUAAACAUUUUUUUUUUACAAUUUCAAAUCAUAAUGAAUUCUUAGAAUACGUUAUUUUAUUUUCAACAGUUUUUUUUGUCUCAUAAAUCUACAUAGAAUUUAUUUAACAGUUCAGUCCAUGUCACAAUAGAUUGAAGCCAUUAAUGUAGUCUUAGAACGGAUGUCUAUAAACAUUAGAAUCCAUUUUUUUAAAUAUAACUUUAGGCAAGUUUGUAAAGAUUUAAAUUACUUAACUACUAAAAAAAAAAAGAAAAAAAAAUCAACAUUUAAAUAUAUGUUACAUGAGAAUGAUAUACAUUUGUGAUAUUAGGUAAAAGGGGUGGGGGCCUUGGGGUUACCAGCAAUUGUGGCAUUUUAAGUUUGGGUGGUAACUCGUUUUUGUCUAUUUGUAUGUAAAACAUAAAAUUUACUUCUAUUUUUAUUUUGGAAUAAAUGAUUAUUUUGUUGCAAUAUUAAAUGAAUAAAAAUAAUAUUAAUGUGCCCCCUGUUUCGUAACUAGUAUUUUUUAAAAGAUGCAAACCUUUAAAUAUCAGUUAGUCUCCUUCAAUAUAUUUUGUUUGAGCAGCUGAAAAACAACUAAAAUUUAUUUUUUUCUUUUUUUAUAUGUGUACUGUUUAGCUUUCAAUUCAGUGUAACACCUAGAGAAGCAAUGUCCAAUCUUUAACGUUUAGCAGACCGGCGGACACGUUUCCCAAUUGCACCAGGGACCUAUGGCAGAUUUAACAA